CUUUUCAUGCCAAAGCUCUGAGGAGCGGAGAGACAAGAUCGAGCCGAGAGCAGAGGAGACCCCGAGGGCCUUGCGACUCACACUCUUCAUCGCCUUUCAAAGACGCCGAGAUGGACUCUGAAGGAGAUGAGAAUCGAGCUGAGCGAUGCAACGGCAAUGCUAUUCCGCCUGACUGCAUCAUCGACACGCACAGCCUGCACCUCUCGGCAGUGAGGAAGAGGAGCGCGGCCGAAGGGGCCCGUGGCACGCCGGUUAACAAGAGGAAGUCUCUGCUGAUGAAACCGCGCCACUACAGCCCCAGCGAAGAGGAGGAGGAUGAGGACGAGGAUGAGGAGGAGGAGGAGCACGAGGACCAGGAGGAGGACCUGGCAACUGCUCAGGACAAAGACGCACCCAGGAACAUUGACACUCCAGCAGAUGAUGACCUUGACUGCCUUGACUACAGAGACAAAUCUCACGGCUCGUUGUCGUGGUCCGAACGCACCAGCCUGAGUUCUCCGGAUCCUACCCAGAACGAAUGUGAUGAGAAAUGGCUGGAUAAAGACCUUAGUGAGAGAAGUCCUGAAAAAGAUCCAGACCGAGAGGAAUGUGGAUGGAUUAGUCCCCGCCCUCUGACCGCACCCGGUGCCACCUGCCCGAGCCCGAGCCCUAACUCCGCUGAUGAAGCCCGGCACGAGAAACACUUUGGACUUCAGCUCCCCAUGUAUGUCAGUCACGCUGCCAGUGGGCUCCUGAUGGAUGAUUUCGCCUACUCCGGGGAGGUUAGUGAUAAUGAGGACGAGACCCAGGUGCCCAAGCUGGACGACCCUUUCGGAGGCUGGGCUCUGGGCAUGGGCAUGGAGCGGGCGCGGCUCAACCUGGGCCUCCUGGAGCAGGCCAUGCACAGGCAGCUCCUCCACGGUGCCUACAGGGAAAUGGACCGCUUCCUGUUGGAACGAGUCAACCAUGAACGGAGACAAAUGGACGCUCGCUCUGUCUACCAUAACAACAAAGACUCUAUAAGAACAGAUAAAAAAGAUGUCAAGUGUCCGACCCCAGGCUGUGAUGGGACGGGUCACGUGACCGGACUGUACCCACACCACAGAAGCUUGUCAGGAUGUCCCCACAAAGUCCGAGUGCCUCCUGAAAUUCUAGCCAUGCACGAAAAUGUCUUGAAGUGCCCGACUCCAGGAUGCACAGGAAGAGGUCACGUGAACAGUAACCGCAGCACUCAUCGGAGCUUGUCCGGCUGCCCAAUCGCCGCAGCAGAGAAAGGUUCUAAACCCCAAGAUGAUGUAUCCAAGUGCAGACAAACCUCAGACAAGAUGGCAAGACCUUUGGUUCAGAUGAAGAAGUUCGAUUUCGGGCAUCUGGCCUACCAGUUUGCUCAUCCUGUGAGCGCCUUGCAUGUGGGCGUGGCCAAAGAAAUGGACAAGUACAGCAAGGGUCAUUUCGACUACGCCAGCUUUGACGCUCAGGUGUUCGGCAAGCAGAACCAAGUGGUGUCCGAUCAGAACCAGGAUGCCUCGCACCUCCAUGAUUCCUCCCCACAAUUCCCCUGUUUCCUGGCUGCGGGCGGUCGUGUGGCGAAACCCGGCGGGCAAAGCCCGAGCCGACCCCAAGCCCCGAGUAGCGUCCUUCAGUCAGGUACGGCGUCCACCGCCAUCCUCAACCUCUCUACCCGUUACCGGGACAACAGUGAUGCCCGACCACUGGCAUCGUUCACAAAGGACUCUGUGAUUGAAGUCGAUGAGAACGGUACGCUGGACCUGAGCAUGAAGAAGAAAAAGGAGAAGACCACAGACUCGUCGGUCACGCCUGCAUUAGGAGAAGCCAUCUUCACGCCUCCCGAACCUUCGCUGGCCAAAGUGGGAGGCCUCCAGAUUUCCACGGCUUUCUUCCGAGCCGUGUAUGAGCAGGAGGGCUGGGACACGCCCCUGAAUUUCAGCAAAGCGCCUCUUCAGCAGGACAAAGACAUGGAGCAGCUGGAUAGGAUGUCGCUCGAGGAUAAAGUCUUCGCCGGAGAUGCGAGCAUGACCAGUGCCAAGAACAAGCUGCUCAUACGAGACUCCAAGAAAGAACUGAUGAGCUGUCCAACACCUGGUUGUGACGGGAGUGGCCAUGUGACAGGAAAUUAUGCAUCGCACAGAAGUGUGUCCGGAUGUCCGUUAGCCGACAAGACGCUCAAAUCUCUGAUGGCUGCUAAUGCACAGGAACUGAAGUGCCCCACCCCUGGAUGUGACGGUUCAGGUCACGUUACAGGAAACUAUGCAUCCCACAGAAGUUUGUCAGGCUGUCCUCGUGCCAGGAAGGGCAACCUGAAGCUCACUCCCAGCAAAGACGAGAAGGAGGAGCCAGACAUCAAGUGUCCUGUAGUGGGCUGUGACGGACAAGGCCACGUGUCGGGGAAAUACACCUCCCACCGUAGCGCUGGAAGCUGCCCCGUCGCUGCGAAGAGGCAGAAGGAGCUGAACGGCAUGGCCUUCUCCUGGAAGAACUGCAAGCAGGAGCUGCCUCACUGCCCUCUGCCCGGCUGUAACGGCCUGGGCCAUGCUAACAACGUGUUUGCCACACACAGGAGUUUGUCAGGAUGUCCACUAAACGCUCAGAGCAUCAAGAGGAAGCUCUCAGGAGACGAGAUGAUGACCAUCAAACUGAAAACCAGCAGUGGCAUCGAGAGCAGUGAGGACAUGCAGCAUUUGGAUCACGAAAUCAAGGAGCUCAACGAGUCGAAUCUGAAAAUCGAAGCUGACAUGAUGCAGCUACAGACUCAGAUCUCGUCCAUGGAGUGCAACCUUAAGUCCAUCGAAGAAGAGAACAAGAUGAUCGAGCAGCACAAUGACAGCUUGCUGAAGGAGCUGGCGCGCCUGAGCCAAGCCCUCAUCAACAGCCUUACUGACAUCCAGCUACCGCAAAUGGGUCCAAUCAAUGAGCAGAAUUUCGAAGCCUACAUCAAGACCCUAACGGAUAUGUACAACAGUUCGGAACACGAGUAUUCGCCGGAGUGCAAGGCCUUGCUGGACAGCAUCAGACAAGCCAUCAAGGGCAUCCACGUAGAGACCGUCUGCUCGCCGUGAAACAGUGCGUUAGUGGACAAGCAAUAUCCCUGGACAGCUUUUAUCCGUUUCGUCCGUUCGUUUGUUUGGGUGGCUGGCUUUAUACCAUGUGCAAGAAAUACCUUAUUCUUUAAAAAGAAAUCUAUUCCGUGUAUUGUACUGAGAAAACGCCAGCCACUUAUUUUUUUUUUUUGGUUUGAUUGACAUUUUGCGGAGAUUCUUAAUUAACUUAAUACCCUUUUUGCACAUAUUUAUUUCCUUUGCUUGACUUGUGUGUUUAUACUUAUGGCUAAUAUUUAUAAUCGCUUUUAUUUAUUGUCUCAUCGAAAUGAUUUAUCAGACGCAUUUAAUAUAUUUUAUUUAUUUUCCCGUGUUUUGGCUGUUGAUCAUUGUGCACAUUUGCAUUGCUAUAUUUUAUUUGGUAGUUGUUGAAUAUCAGUUUAUUUUUCCUCUUUUAGCGAUGAACGAUGUCAACAGGAUGUCAAUAAUGAUACUAUUGCACCACCUAGUGGCCACAUGCUCUUACUGCACCGUGCCAGGCUCACUUUUUAUUUAAUUUUCUUUACCUGAAUGUACUGUGUGUUGAAUCUUGGGAUCAAAUUGGUCGUUUUAGCUACUGAGGCCAAAACAGGUUCAUUAAAAUCUGCACUCAUGAGUUCUAAGCAUCAAAUCCAAGAGAGAGAGAAAAAAAAGGAAAAAAAAAAAACACUCCCUGAAAAAUUUAUUUCUGUCAAUAUAUGAACUGCCUUUCGUGUGCACACCGGUGAUGUGUGCAUAUAUGUGCCUAUAUGUAAAUGAGUACAUGGAAUAUAUUAUGUUUUGUGGUAGAACAGUAUUACGUGAAUGGUGAUUCCUUUAUUAUACAGCAUAUUUAUUUUUUUUUUUGGUCCAAAAAGGAAAAAAAAUGCCUAUAACUCUGUUUAGCUGAUGCUUAUAUGCCAUUUGAAGUAUGUAAUUAAUAUUGUUGUAAUAUUGAUCAAGUGUUUAAACUUUACUGAGUUUCCUCCAAGCACAAACCUUAAAAAACAACAACAAACCCCCACAUUUUUUUUAUUUGCAUUAAUUGAAAUUUUCUAAAUCUAAAUGGUUAAUUAUUUUUCAGAAAAAAAUUAGUUUUAUGAAGUAAAAAAAAAAAUUAAAAAAUAAAUCAGUGUAUGCCCCUUGCAUCUUUCCGCGUAUGAAUUGAAUUUCCUUUCAGAAUCAAGUGUCAUGGUUAGAUAUGCUAUUUAACAAAAGACGGCCGUUGACGUUUUAUCCUUUACAGAUUUUUAUGGGCGAAUACUGGAAUCUAGUCAUAUCUUCAGACAGUCGCGAUUAAAAGAAAAGGAAAAAAAAUGUACAGGUUCGAGCGAACGAUCCUAUACCGAAUCGGAUCGGAAUCCAAACUCUUUCAGAAGGAAAUGUAAUUUGUAAUUAUGUUCUUUGUAAUUUCUGAUAUUUAAUUUAAUUUAUAAAAAAAAAACACACAUUGUUUGCUCAGGAACUUUUGUGAGGACUAUUUCCUGUUUGUAUUUGAUGUUUUGUAAUGUGAACUUGAAUUGGGAUUUUUUUUUUGUUCUUUUUCUGUGUAAUAAUAUUAGUAUAAAAGGCUGUACUGUAAAUGAUCGUUUCUUUUCUGUCGGACUUUUUUUUUUUCUUCAGUUCGAGUAGUUUCUAUAUCAAAAGGUUUUCUUUACACUUUUACUAUUUCAUAAGCAGUAAUGCGCUGUGUUGUACAGUUUGUGUAUGGUAGAAAUAAACUAUUUAAGGAUCACAGAGUGUCGGUUU